AUGCGCCUCCUCGCUUCCCUUGCGCUGCUGAGCAGCACCGCUCUCGCCUUCCCUACCAUCCUCGACCCCAUUUCGGCCGUCUCCAAGGUCCUCUCGCUCACGCAGGAUGUGUCGAGCGAGUACCUCGAGAUUGACCCGUUGUUCUUUGACGCUACGACCGGCGGGCACCGGAAGCGGUGUGUCCUCCACCCCGUCAAGGAGGGUGAGGGCUUUGACGACGAUAAUUUGAUCAGGGCGGUCGAGGAGUGUGGAAAUGGGGGUAUCAUCAGGCUUCCGGAUGCCAACUACACCAUCAACUCCCCUAUCAAGAUGGAGCUCCACAAUGCCCUUCUCUCGGUGUCCGGCUUCAUCUCCUUCUCCACCGACAUUGACAAUUGGGUCGCCAAGCGGGUCCCGCUCGACUUCCAGAACCUCGCUCUUGCCUGGGUCAUCACCGGAGACAACUACGUCUUGGACGGGCAUGGAAGUGGUGGUAUCUACGGGAACGGGCAGGUAUGGUACAGCUGGGCUAAGGAGGAGGGGAACAAGUACGGCCGCCCCAUGAGUUUCGCUAUCGUCAACUCGACCAAUGUCACCGUGCAAAACUGGUCCGUCAUCCAGCCGCAGUUCUGGGCGUCGAUCGUCGUGCGCAGCGAGAACGUUCUAUACAAGAACUACUACGUCAAUGCGACUCAGUACGACCCGGGAGCGGCAAACCACACCCUUACCUGGCUGCAAAACACCGAUGGAUGCGAUACCUACGUCUCCAACAAUGUCACUUUCGAUGGCAUGAUCUACCAGGGAGGUGACGACUGCCUCGCCCUCAAGCCCAACUCGUCCGCCAUCACCGCCCGCAACGUCACAUGCUACGGCGGCACGGGUAUCGCUUUCGGCUCUAUCGCCCAGUACCCCGGCCGGACCGACUGGCUCGUCGACAUCGAGAUGGAGGACAUCAAGCUCUACCCCAGCCGACAGCACCAGCAGCAGAACGGUCUCUACUUCAAAUCCUGGAUCGGCUACCCCAUCGGCACACCUCCUAACGGCGGCGGUGGAGGUCUUGGGUACACCAAGAACAUCCGUAUCAAGAAUGUCGAGAUGAAGGAUAACCUCCGACCUGUCUUUGUACAGACCGACCUCUUGUACCUCAUUGAGCGGCAGGGAGAAGGUCGAGACACCAGUCUCUUCAAGUGGGAAGACAUCGUCAUGACCAACAUCACCGGCACGUCAUCCGACAACCGUGUCGUCUGGCUUGACUGCGCCAAGUCCGCCCCGUGCAAUGGGAUCCGCUUCGAGGACUUCAACGUCAAGCCCGGAAAGAAGGACGCCAAGGAGAUCAACUACGUUUGCAACAACGUGGUGCUUGGUGGGAAGGAUGGGCUGGACGUAUGUCACCCGAGCGAGUCCAAGAAGGAGCCGUGGUACGAGAGGCCGCACAAGGCGUUGAAGGAGUUCUUCGUCCAGGCUUAG